AUGGACGCAAAGAGGCAUCCGAGCUCUUUCCAGCAGCUUGAGAAGUUGGGAGAGGGUACAUAUGCUACGGUCUUCAAGGGACGGAACCGCCAGACGGGCGAACUUGUCGCUCUCAAGGAGAUCCACCUCGACUCCGAAGAAGGCACUCCGUCAACUGCGAUUCGAGAGAUUUCGCUCAUGAAAGAACUGAAACACGAAAAUAUUGUGGCGCUCUACGAUGUAAUUCAUACCGAGAAUAAGCUUAUGCUUGUAUUCGAAUAUCUAGACGGAGAUCUUAAGAAGUACAUGGAUUCUCACGGCGAUAGGGGCGCUUUGAAGCCUAUGACUAUUAAAUCCUUCAUGUUUCAGUUACUGAAGGGCAUUGACUUUUGCCACAAGAAUAGAGUUCUCCAUCGGGAUCUGAAGCCGCAAAACUUGCUUAUCAACAAGAAGGGCCAGCUCAAGCUUGGAGAUUUUGGACUAGCGCGAGCAUUUGGUAUUCCAGUCAACACUUUCUCAAACGAAGUCGUCACACUGUGGUACCGAGCUCCAGACGUCUUACUAGGUAGUCGAACCUACAACACCAGUAUCGAUAUAUGGUCGGCAGGCUGUAUUAUGGCCGAAAUGUACACCGGUCGUCCACUAUUUCCAGGUACAACAAAUGAGGACCAAAUCAUACGUAUCUUCCGCAUAAUGGGCACACCUACAGAAAGGACUUGGCCCGGUAUCACACAGUUCCCCGAGUACAAGCCAAGCAUCCAAAUGUAUGCCACGCAGGAUCUUAGAGCUAUAUUGCCUCAGAUUGACCAGCUCGGAAUCGAUCUCCUGCAACGGAUGUUGGUUCUACGCCCGGAGCACCGCAUUAGCGCACACGACGCAUUGCAGCACCCUUGGUUUUCCGACUUAGCUAUGCAACACCAAAUGCAGCAACAGCAGGCAAUGCAAGCCCAAGCCCAGGCCAGAGGUUUUGCAGCUCCAGCUGUACCCUCGCAAGGCGUUUACGAUCAAGGAUAUUAG